AUGACACGAGGCAGGCAGUUCAUAUCAGGAGCAUGGAAGGCAUUUGCAGAACAAAUGGGUGUGAAGCACUCACUUAGCAUGGCCUACCAUCCUCAAACUGAUGGUCAGACAGAGAGGGUCAAUCAGGUCAUUGAGCAGUACCUAAGGAUGUACUGCAACUAUGAGCAGAAUGACUGGGCUGACCUGCUGGACACUGCAGCCUUUGUAUACAACAACACAGUCCACAACAGCAUUGGUGUCUCACCAUUCUUUGCAUGCUAUGGAUGGAACCCCAAAGCUCAUCCUGACAUCCCUCAACAACUAGGAGUCAAUGAUCCAGGUUGCUUCGAGUACCUCAUGGAUGGAAAGGAGUGUUGCAAGUACCUCCAGGAGCAGAUCAGAGAGGCACAAUGUAGAUCAGUAGACCAGUAUAACAGGAAGCACAAGGACAUCAAGUUUAAGGUGGGUGAUAUGGUCUAUAUCAACCGACGAAACUGGAAGACAAGGAGACCCACACCCAAGUUAGAUACCUGGUUUGCAGGACCCUACCCAGUUCAGGAAUGGGUAGGACACCAAGCUUAUCGAAUCACAUUGCCAGCAAACCUUAGGGUGCAUGAUGUGUUCCAUGUCUCCAUGCUCGAGCCAGCAAGAACAAGUUCUCUUCCUCAACAUGCUGAACAGCCCACCAUACCAUCACUUCCAGAUGAGUGUCAUGGGCCUGGAUGCUCAAGAAGCAGGAGGGUCAUGGGUUCAUAUGGAAGGAGCACAGGUAUCGAAGAUCUAGUCGAGAUCAGUAGAGAGCGUAGUGCAGUCUCCAUGGAGACCAUGGACUCCUAUGGACUCACAUGCAAAGGAGGGCCAAGCACAGCCACGAGGAGGACCAAGCUCAAGGAGCAGGCACAGCCACGAAGAGGACCAAGCUCAAGGAGCAUGCAGAUGGUUACCACUCAGGGGCUCGAGAGACAAGAGCCAAAGGAACUGUCACUGAUCAAAGGAGGAGGAGCAGUGUCGAAGGAGUCGACACCAGGUCAUGAGGAGGAGGAGCAGUGUCGAAGGAGUCGACACCAGGUCAUGAGGAGGAGGAGCAGUGUCGAAGGGUUGACAUCAGGUCAUGAGGAGGAGGAGCAGUGUCGAAGGAGUCGACACAGCUCAAGAGGCACAGGGGUGCCAAGCAGGAGAGGCCCCUGA